CAAAUGAUAUCGAUCGUGUUAAUAUGAAACACCAAUAUAUUCGUGGUCUUAAUAGUGGAUCUUGUUGGAAUUGGUAUAACUCUUAUUCGCAUGAUUGUAGUACGGCAUGUAAAAAAAUAUCUUCACAAUGCCGAUGUAUUUAUAUAUGUGGAUAUACAUUUCCUACUGGUCAACAAAAUAAAAAUAGUAUACAUACACAAUUCAAAAAGUGUAAAUAUUAUAUGUCAGAUAUUAAUAAUAUUGAAUAUGAUUGUUUGGGUGUUGUAAAUAAUGAUGAACAUGUGACAUUAUUUAUUAACGAACAAGAUGUUCAAAAUUUUUCUAUCAAAU